AUGGACAUGAACGCGGACGGUGGCGGCGGCGGCGGCAUCGACGCCCUGCCCGGCGACAUCUUCAUUGAGGUCCUCCGCCGCCUCCGCGUGCAUUCCCUGGCCAGGCUCGUGGCGAGCUUCGUGUGCAACCCCACGACGGAGCGCUGGGCGCUCCUGCCGCCCCCGCCGACGUGGUGGCCGCACGGACACAAGGGCCUGUUCCUCGCGUUCGACCCGGCGGUGUCACUGGAGUACGAGGUCCUCCUCCUCCCAGUGCCACCCCCUCGAUGA